AUGCUUUGGGAACAGAGUGGUGCACUAAGGGAACAGGAAGGUGUACUUUGGGAACAGAGUGGUGCACUACGAGAACAGGAAGGUGUACUUUGGGGACAGAGUGGUGCACUACGAGAACAGGAAGGUGUACUUUGGGGACAGAGUGGUGCACUAAGGGAACAGGAAGGUGUGCUUUGGGGACAGAGUGGUGCACUACUGGAACAGGAAAGUGUGCUAGGGGAACAGGAAGUUAUGCUACAGAAAGCGGAAGGUGUGCUAUGGGCUAUGGAAACAGGAAGGUGUGCUAUGGGCUAUGGAAACAGGAAGGUGUGCUACAGAAAGCGGAAGGUGUGCUAUGGGCUAUGGAAACAGGAAGGUGUGCUACAGAAAGCGGAAGGUGUGCUAUGGGCUAUGGAAACAGGAAGGUGUGCUAUGGGCUAUGGAAACAGGAAGGUGUGCUACAGAAAGCGGAAGGUGUGCUAUGGGCUAUGGAAACAGGAAGGUGUGCUAUGGGCUAUGGAAACAGGAAGUUAUGCUACAGAAAGCGGAAGGUGUGCUAUGGGCUAUGGAAACAGGAAGAUGUGCUACAUACAGCGGAAGGUGUGCUUCAGACAGCGGAAGGUGUGCUAUGGGCUAUGGGAACAGGAAGGUGUGCUACAGGAACAGGAAGGUGUGCUACAGACAGCGGAAGGUGUGCUAUGGGCUAUGGAAACAGGAAGGUGUGCUAUGGGCUACGGAAACAAGAAGAUGUGCUACAGAAAGCGGAAGGUGUGCUAUGGGCUAUGGAAACAAGAAGAUGUGCUACAGAAAGCGGAAGGUGUGCUAUGGGCUAUGGGAACAGGAAGGUGUGCUACAGGAACAGGAAGGUGUGCUACAGACAGCGGAAGGUGUGCUAUGGGCUAUGGGAACAGGAAGGUGUGCUACAGGAACAGGAAGGUGUGCUACAGACAGCGGAAGGUGUGCUAUGGGCUAUGGGAACAGGAAGGUGACACGCUUGUGUUAAAUUGGUUUCAGAGUGAAUUUAAAAAAAAAUUAACACAGGAAACUAAAUAA